ACACAUUUUGCGAAAACUUCAUAAUGCUUAUUCUUAAGAAAAAAUAUCGAUAUAUUGAUAUUUUGGACUCACCAAUAUCAGUAAGUUGAGACGCUGCCUCACAUACCAUACCAGAAAAAGGAGAAUCCCAUUUUACCACAAUGGGUAAGGAUUACUACAUGAUUCUGGGCAUCAAGAGGAAUGCAUCCAGCGAAGACGUCAAGAAGGGAUACCGCCGGAUGGCUCUCCGCUACCAUCCGGACAAGAACGACCAUCCGCAGGUCGAGGAGCAAUUCAGGGAGGUGGUGGCCGCCUUCGAAGUGCUCUCCGACAAGGAAAAGCGCGAGAUAUACGACCAGUACGGCGAGGAGGAUCUCAAAUGUGAUGACGAGCCGGCGACUUUCGCCCAGCCCACGUGAGACAUG